AUGAGUCCCUCCAACCGAGAAGUCAACGAACGCGCGCCUGCCAUCCCAUUUCGCAUCUCGACUCCUGGAAAGCGAGCGAUAAGAGCGAUAGCCAUUCCCGAGACUCCCUCGCGCGCGACCAACCCUUCGCAAGUCCGCAUCAAAUCUCCGAAGCGAGGCGCUGUAUCGUCUCGACCUACUAGAAUCCUUGUCGCAACACCGAGCAAGCUAGCAACAUUAUCCCAGCGACCAAUCUUCUCUCCCUCUCCUCCUCGUCCUCAAGUCUUCGCGCUAGAGACUCCCUCCCGACUUCCCCGUCCGACACCGACACCGAAGAAAGCAUCAUCGAUGCUGUUCGCGACUCCUACGAAACGUCCUGUCGGCAGAAUAGCUGCAACGCCUCGACGAGUAGAAGAGGACGCAGAUGAUGUGAAGGAGAACGGGGUGGGAGGCGUGGACGGGGAAGAAGGGAUCAUGUCAGGAAGAGCAAAACGUCGUGCCGGAGAGGCGGGCAAGAUGUUCGCAUUCAGUCGCGCGAUGAAGGAGGAGAAGAAGCAGUAG